CUCUCUCUCUCUCUCUCUCCCUCUCCCUCCUCUCUGUCUCUCUCAGCUUCAUAUUCUUGUCCGUGCAAGGAAGCUUCCAAUUCUCCGCUCUGUUCUUCUGCAAAGAGUUUGUUGUGUGGAUGGCGACAUACGAGCCCAAGAACAUCCUCAUUACCGGGGCGGCAGGUUUCAUCGCCUCCCAUGUCGCGAACCGCCUCGUCCGGAACUACCCCAAGUACAAGAUCGUGGUCCUCGACAAGCUUGACUACUGCUCCAACCUGAAGAACCUCAACCCCUCGCGUUCCUGCCCCAACUUCAGGUUCGUGAAGGGCGACAUCGGCAGCGCCGACCUCGUCAACUACCUCCUGAUCACCGAGUCCAUCGACACCAUCAUGCAUUUCGCCGCCCAGACCCAUGUCGACAACUCUUUCGGCAACUCCUUCGAGUUCACCACGAACAACAUCUAUGGCACUCACGUCCUCCUCGAGGCCUGCAAGGUCACUGGUCAAGUCAGAAGGUUCAUCCAUGUUAGCACCGAUGAGGUCUACGGGGAGACCGAUGAGGAUGCCGUGGUGGGCAACCAUGAGGCGUCUCAGCUGCUGCCGACCAACCCGUACUCUGCAACCAAAGCUGGGGCUGAGAUGCUUGUUAUGGCCUAUGGAAGGUCAUAUGGCUUGCCUGUGAUUACAACCCGUGGAAACAACGUGUAUGGCCCCAACCAGUUCCCGGAAAAGCUGAUUCCAAAGUUUAUCCUUUUGGCUAUGAGAGGGCAGCCUCUGCCGAUUCAUGGUGAUGGCUCUAAUGUUCGAAGCUAUCUGUACUGCGAGGAUGUUGCAGAGGCUUACGAGGUUGUCCUUCACAAAGGAGAAGUUGGGCAUGUUUAUAACAUUGGGACAAAGAAAGAAAGGAGGGUGAUUGAUGUGGCAGUGGAUAUCUGUAAGCUUUUCUCAUUAGAUACGGACACCGUCAUCAAGUUUGUGGAGAACAGGCCCUUCAAUGACCAGAGGUACUUCUUGGAUGAUCAGAAGCUUAAGAACCUUGGAUGGUCAGAGAAGACCAUAUGGGAGGAGGGACUGAAGAAGACGAUGGAAUGGUACAUGAACAACCCCGACUGGUGGGGGGAUGUUUCAGGUGCGCUGUUACCUCAUCCACGGAUGUUGAUGAUGCCCGGUAUCGAAAGGCAUAUCGAUGGAUCUGAAGAAACCAAGGACAUGGUUUAUCAGGAAAUGAGCACUAGUAAUCAGAACGGGAUGGUGGUUCCUUCAAUAAGGACCUCCCUGAAGAAACCACAUUUGAAGUUCUUGAUAUAUGGUAGAACUGGAUGGAUUGGGGGCCUUCUCGGCAAGUUAUGCGAGAAGCAGGAUAUACCGUAUGAGUAUGGAAGAGGGCGUUUGGAAGAACGUUCCCAACUCAUACGGGAUAUUCAGAAUGUGAAGCCAUCUCAUGUUUUUAAUGCCGCUGGUGUCACCGGUAGGCCUAAUGUUGACUGGUGUGAAUCUCACAAGCAGGAGACGAUUCGCACAAAUGUCGUGGGAACUUUGACUCUUGCAGAUGUUUGUAGGGAGAACGGCCUGUUGCUGAUGAAUUAUGCUACUGGUUGUAUUUUUGAGUAUGAUGCUCGACACCCUGAAGGAUCAGGCAUCGGAUACAAGGAGGAAGACAAACCAAACUUUACCGGUUCCUUCUAUUCGAAGACUAAAGCAAUGGUUGAAGAGCUGCUCAAAGAAUUUGACAAUGUCUGCACUCUUAGAGUUAGAAUGCCAAUAUCUUCUGAUCUGAGCAAUCCUCGCAACUUCAUCACAAAAAUCAGUCGCUACAACAAAGUCGUGAACAUACCAAAUAGCAUGACAGUUUUAGAUGAACUUCUGCCCAUAUCAAUUGAGAUGGCAAAAAGAAGCUGCAGGGGCAUAUGGAACUUCACCAAUCCUGGCGUGGUGAGCCACAACGAGAUCCUAGAGAUGUACAAGAGCUACAUUGACCCCAGCUUUAAAUGGACUAACUUUACAUUGGAGGAACAGGCCAAAGUCAUAGUUGCACCUCGAAGCAACAAUGAGAUGGAUGCUUCAAAGUUGAAGAGAGAGUUUCCAGAGUUGCUCUCGAUAAAAGAUUCUAUCAUCAAGUAUGUCUUUGAGCCAAACAAAAAGGUCCUUUCUAACUGAGAAGCUUAUCGGUGAUCGCAUUCGGUCUAGACUUCUGUAUUAAAGCAGUAGAGCCCCAAAUUUUCCACUUAAUUACUGAUGUUGGCCAGUAUUAUGGCAGCAAGACUAUCAUCAGAUCUGCUAGGUGGUGGCGUCUAGAAGACUCUUUUUCUACAAGGGAGGAAACUGCUUGUUUCAAUUUGAUUAGGUAGUUUCUUUUGCUUUUCUUGUUUAGGGUCUUUACAAGAGACCAACAUUAUUUGUCUUCUCAAAUUGGUUUCUUGUCCAAUUUUGUGUGGCAUGUACUCAUUAACAUUCUAUCAAUGCGAUCCAUUUAUUGUUUUACACU